AUAUUAAUCACAUGUUUUUUGCAAACCAACCGAUCGUUACCCCAUCCCCAAAGUUGUGUGUGUGCCACGUCAAGCUAAAUUAUUAAAAUGAAAUCAGUCACGUUUGUGCGAAGGCAACAGCUAGAAAAAACAACAGCAUCAGCCGCAGCGAGAACGGGCAGCAACAACAGCAACCACGACGACAACGACGACAAUUAGGCACAAGAGUUAAAAGAAGAAGAAAAACAAUAUGGCCAGAGGAGGCCUCACGAAAGACGGCACCGUCUCGAAAAAGGGAGCCGUUUCGCCACAACCCCUGAGGUCCCAACCAACUCGCCGUGGCGAAGCUCUCACACCACCAGUUGAAACCCGAGACGGGGUCGGCGCCGCCGACCACCCACCACUGAGACCCAGUAGUCGCCGCAUCUCGAACAGACCCGGCCGCGAGUCGCCGCAACAGGCUGCUUCGCCUGCGAGCAAGCCGUACUCACAGGCGCCCGCACAGUCUUCGCCCAAGGCGACGGGAGGAACGGGCUCGCCGAAGGCCAGAGGCCCUCAGGCGGCGAAACUCGGCGCUUCGCCCGAAGACACCAGCUUCGCUCGGGCGCCGUCCGCGUCACCCAAGCCACGCGCCUCGCUGAAAUCUGGUGCAUCACCGAAGCUCGUCGGCUCUCCAGCGGCCACCAUUUCACCGCAGCGGAGUGGCUCUCUGUCACCAGCGAUGUCGCCACCGAAGCUUGCCACUCCCGCGACGGCUGGGCCAUCGCCAAAACCCAGCGCUGCUCCGGCACCUACCGUCUCGCCACUUCCAGCGGAAGCCCGUCGGACAUCGCCUCCAGUGCGCUUGCGUUCAGCGGAGGGGAUCGACAUCCGUGGCGCUGCUCCGAGCUACAGCGCUCCCAAGUUGCAACGUCGCGAAGUCGCCGGUGGGAAAGGACAACCUGGCGCACCGUCGACACCCAUUUCAACUAGGGAUCCGGCGAGGCCAAUUCCGCGGGGCGAUGCCAAAGCGACGUCGCCAGCCGAAGAGCUCAAAGCCAGCCGCCGGGGGAGCCGUUUUCCACCUGCGAAGCCGAGGUGGACCACACCGUCGGGAAGCGAAAUAUAUUCUCCACUCGUCAGUAGUUACCAAGAACCCCGUGGCAGCAAGGCGAUUAUCAGUCCUGCUCGUGCACCUGGGUUGCGGAACCGUCGCCGGCCACUGACCUUGAUUGUGUUCGUGGGCUCGUGCACCAUCGUGGUCGCCGUGCUCGUGCUGAUCAUCACCAUGCAGAUAAUGAAGCAUCAGAAGGUCCGCGAGACGGCGUUCGACGCCACGAGCAGUACGGUGUCCGAGGGCGGAGGACGACGCGUCGCUGAGCAGGAUACGACGCGACACGGGCCUUCAAGCAAGAUGCGACACGAUGCUUCACCCCUUCCCCAGCGUUUCAUGUUCGACGAGUGAGAAUCGCCUGGGAGCAACACUUUUUCUUUUUUUUAUUCGCCACUCUUUGGUGGCCUCGUCUUUUGAUCGACGGCCUCGGAUCCCUUUAUUGAAACCGAUAUGCCCUUCGGUCCUGACGCCACCGAAGAAACGACAGAUUUUAUCCGUUG